AUGCUGGACAUCAGACCCCCCAUUUUCACCAUCACAUUGCCAAUUUCUCAUCAACUGUCCGACUACGGAUUGCCCCUCAACACACAUCCUCUCUUCUGUACGAUGCAGGCUUCCGAUGGCGAAGUCUACAGCCCUUUGCCCAAGGGCAAUUACAUCCGACUCUUGCAAGUCGAGUUAGUCGGUCGCGACGACUUGAUUGGCAGCCUCGAGACUGUUCACCUCGACAAAUGCCCCUUUCAAUACAAGGCACUAUCGUAUGCCUGGGGAGCGUCCGAACCAGUCACGGAACUGAAACUGCGCGGCGGUCAAUCGCUUCAACUCAACCAAACCCUGAGCGACCUAUUCGGCCAGCUCAAGACUCUACAGGCAUCUUGGACGCUGUGGAUCGACGCGCUCUGCAUCAACCAGAAGAACGAUGAGGAGAAAAGCUCUCAGGUCCAGCUCAUGCGUCGGAUAUACUCGGCCGCAGACCAAGUCAUCAUGUGGCUGGGUACCAGAGACGAGGAAUCUCACGCCGCGUUCCGUUUCAUGAACUUGAUGCGGAAUCAUUCCUGGAAGGAAGACUGGGAGGAGGAAAAGAAGGAAAAUCUCGAAGAUAUUAGAUACGUCUUCACGCUCUUGGCACGGCCUUGGUUCCGCCGGACCUGGGUGAUCCAGGAAGUCGUACUCAACCGCAAUGUCGCGGUUAUGUGCGGCGACGACAGUGUCGACUUCCGCGUCUUUGAGUGCUGCGUCUACGCUGUGUGGCUGUAUUUCGACGUGGAUGACUACGGGGAUGAUCACCCGUCCAUCCUGGGGCUGUGGCAUGCGUCCGAGCUCAUGGCUAUCCUGCGGGAAUUCCGAAAACAUCGUUCCGUGUCUUUUGAGAAGCUGCUCGAGACAUCUUAUUUUUGCAAGGCGACAGACGAUCGCGACAAGGUAUACGGUUUCAUGGGCCUCGCCAGGCAUCGAACGCCUCUUCCCGCACCGGAUUACAGCCCUUCCACGUCCUUCCAACAAGUGUACCUAAUGACUGCCGAGGCCCUGCUCUGUCACGGCACGUCUCGCAACGUCUUGGCGUUGGCGGGUAUCGCUCGUCGUAGACUCCCAUCCGACUUGCCGACCUGGGUACCGGAUCUUCGAAACGAGGAAUUCGAGCAGCCAAUUCAAUCUUGCUAUAACGCCAAGUGGAAGGCGGGAGGUCGCAUGGAAGCGAAAGCCACCAGAGAAGGGGCUGACUACCUCCGCAUCCGUGUUCGGCCUAUCGACGAGGUGUCCGUAACUUGCUCGCCCUUCAACUCACGCUCCGUGAAACGACAGAAGAAAGCUAUGAGACAGGUUUUGGCACUGAGACCUAUGCAUCCGGCAGUCGUUUCCGAAGACGAAUGGAACGACACGGUGGCUAUGUCCAUGAUCAUGGGCCUGGACGUCGACGACCAGCCCGUAAACCGGGAGGAGUAUCUCACGUACUUCAGGGAGUGGCUUGAAUGGUUGCAUUCGAGCAACUCUCAGGAGGACAUGAAAAGAAUCAAGGGCAAUCGGUUUCAAAGGACCACUGGGCCUCGAGUGGAUGAUUGGAACGCCUUCAUGACCCAGACCGGGAUCUUCUGCAUCGGGCCACAGGCCGUCAGAGUCGACGAUGUACUUUGCACCGUGCCCGGAUGUCGUCUUCCUCUGAUCUUCAGGCAAUCUGAGCCUGAGAGCAUGGCGAGAGGGGAUCCGAGGGACCCGGAUGAGAGGCUGCUUCCGGAAUACACUCUUGUCAGCUGGUGCUUUGCGGUGGGAUUGAUGGAGGGCGAACAUCCAGCUCAAAAACGGCCUGCUAUAGAGGUAUUACUACGUUGA